CUGAGGACUUGUAAACACUGUAAUGCCUUCCCAGGAAAGGAUCCCCAGGUUCCUAAAUACCUAUAUGGAUAUACACCCAAAAGCCGCCGAACAAGGGACAGAUACAGGCAAAACCUUUCUUACUCAAGUUCAUCUCGCUGUGCAUUAUUCUUUCAAGAGAAAGGCAUGCUACGUCGGUCUAAAGGACUGCAAGGAUUAUUCUGCAAAUGGAAAACAUGAAGAUGUCCAAAAUGAGCAUUACAGAAAGAUGAUUGAUGAGCCUGAAUCUGAAGACGAUAGGAGGCAUCUUUCCUCACUUUCUGUGAUCACUGAACCUAAAGCUUUCAGUACGCGGCAAUCUCUGGUUAAUCACAAUUCAGUCAGCAUUAACAGAACAUUCACACCACUUCCUAUCAAAAUAGAGAUUCAAACACCCUCAGAUAAAGCAACAUGUAGAGCAAACAUCUAUCCUGCCAGGGAAAAACACAGUCUGGAUACGAGAAAAGGAUUUUCCUCUAUUACAAUUACAGCCAGAAGAUAUAUUGCAUCUUUAAGCAACGCUCCAAAGGAAAUUAGCAGUGACCCAGCUUCUUCUCUGUGCAGAAGUAAUGACUUAUUAAUGAAGGCUCCUGUUUCGUCAGAUGAACAUGAUCAGCAAUGUAGAUAUUUAGAUAGCGGAGAUUAUUAUAGCCAGAGUUUCAAGCCUUCUGGAUUCCUUCAGUCUCAGGAACUUUUUUGUCAGCCUGGCAUCAUUUCAAAUGUUGAGGCCAAUCACGUAGGAUUAAAGGAAAGCGACGGCAACAAGAAUCACAAACUGUUUAGCUCCGUUGUCUGCAUAAAAAGGAAUCAGAAUUUUCCACGAACUAUUUAUUACGUAUAUAGGUUCUUUUAUCUUCCUCUUGGUCAAUACCAUGCAGCCAACCAAAGAAUUUAUAAGUCAACAACGUCCUUCAAAAUUAAGGGCCCCCCAGUGAAGCCAGCCAAUACUUGUAUCAGGAAGCCUACAGCUCUAGCUAUACCUGAUUCCUCCCAGGAUAAACCAGAGGCACAAACCUCAAGCCCCUCAUUUGAACUUCAAUACACAGUUGAUGAAGCCAAACAAGAAAUUCAGGCACACCAAGAACAAAGAUGCCAAUAUGAGCCAUGCCAAGGUGUUUCCCACUACCUAAAUAUGAAAGCCUUGGAUUUACUGCAAACGCUGAACAAGGACUCUCUGCCUGCUGGUGAGAUUUAUGCACAAAAGUAUUCCUUGUCGCAGUGCUUCAGUGACCCUGGAGCAGAAAGGUCAAACGCGACAACCUUUAACUUCAUAUUUGGAAAGCAAAUUUCCAACCAGAAAAGGAAUAAGCAGAAUUCACUUAAGGAAAAUAUUCCUCCGCAAGGUUACACGGGGCAUAAGCCGUGCAGGCCCACUGGAAAUGAUGAUAAAGAAAACAUGCCAUUUCCAGAACUAACAGAAAACAACAAUAGCAGGGAGUUUUCACAUGAAAUAAUGAGUUUGCAGGAGGCUCUUGAAUACCACCGGCCAGACUUCAUUUUUAAUUCGCAAGAACGUGUUCUCAAACUGGAGCUCAUGGCACAUCAGAGAAAAAUACAGAAGCAAGAUUUACCAAAGUCCACACUUCCAAAAUUUACACCAAAGUCUGCUAACCUGCGGCGGAAAAUUUUCACUGUUCCUCAUCCUCUGAGCGAUAACUUAUUCAAACCAAAGGAAAGAACUAUUUCAGGACGAGAGAUGCAGCAAAGAUCUAAAAGAAUAUAUAACAGCUUGCCUGAAGUUAAAAAGAAAAAAGAGGAUGAGGAGAAGAGACUGAUAACAGAGAGCAACAGGCUUCGAGCCCAGCUGUUCAAGAAGAAACUCCUGAAUCAAAUUCUUCAGCGAAGCUUGGACUGAGAAGAGAAUUUUACCCCGUGUCAUUUUACUUAUUACGUACUGCUAAUUAGCAUAUAAUUGUCAUAUUAUUAAUCGAUUUAACAAGACGAAGACAGUUUAUUGUUGCAAAGCCCAAAAGUUUACACUGAUAUACAUUCCUUACUAGUUCCUUGGGUGUAAAGGGGCAGAUUUAAGAAAGAGUGAUAUUUUUGUUAUCACUCGUUAUGAAUGAUUAGUGGUGCUCCAGCCAAUCAGCUCCUAACUGUCAAACCUUUCCAAAAGAGGACAGACGGAAAGUUUCCCAUACCAACCAAUCAGCUUCCAGCUAUCAUUUAUCUGGUACAUUCUAUAAAAUGAAAAGCUUGUUGCUAUGGGCAUAUUCUCCAUCUGUCCUCUUUAGAAGAUUUGAUACAUCUACCAUAUAAGACUGGAGUAAUGUAUUUUUGUUCAUUCUUCAUUUAAAAAUUUAGAACUAAAACGAGUGAAAAACACAAAUAAAACUCAGAAAUGUUUCUAUUUUCUGGAAAAACGACAAUGUUAAAAAUGUACUGCAACAAUGUAAUAUAAUAAUUUAAUGUCAUGGUUACUGUGUGUUAUUCUAAAACCAUAUUUCAUACUGUAGAACGUGGAGAGGGUCGUUAUUUAUUAUUAACAGGACAAUGGAGUCACUCAUUGAUCCUGGAGGCCACAAUGACAUACUGUAUAAUGUUUUCCUCUGCUUGCUGGUAAAGACAGAUAUUAAAUAUUUGCCUCAGUGUGUUUCCCAAAGAACUGGAAAUGAAGAAAUACAUCUUCAUAAGGCAGCAACCAAGCAGGGGAUUACCUUUUAUAUAAUAAUGCUAUUAAAACUCAAAUUCAA